AUGUUUGCAGCUCUUUUACUUUGUUUGGUCGGUAUUGCCGUAGCACAAAGACCACAACCAUGUACAACUCCACCACAAUGGGAAGGACGUUUGUUCGAUAUUAAUGAAGAACAAAAAUUUAGAGUUGAAGGCAAAUUAAGUUAUGAUGCUGUUUAUCGUCGUGAACGACUUGUUGAUGAAAUUGAUGAAACUACUGGAGAAGACUACUUUGAUACAAUUGCUCUUUUUGAUCAACGAGUUGAAUUUAUCUACAACUACAAGGCACGCAAUUGCACACGUCAAGAAAUCCGACGACCAUGGCGUGAUUUUGGUAUUCGCCCAAAUGAUCGUUCAUUUGGCGAAGCUUAUAUUGGCUCAUCAGUUUUCCCUGAAACAGGUGUUUUAGUUACAAUCUGGGGUGGUAACUUUACAACACCAACAAACGAUACAAUUGACUAUGUAUCUACAUGGACAUAUCGUGGUUGUCUUCCAGUAUCUCGAACAACUUAUAGCGAAAAAUAUGGUAGCUCACAUUUAUCAUGGUAUGAUAUUACAGUUGGUAUUAGUGAUCCAAAUGUAUUUAUUCCACGACGUGAAUGUCUUACAAAUUUUGAAUGGGAAAAUCGAUUCACUCUUUUUGGUACACCAAACAAGAAAAUCGAAUAA